UGACAUGUAUGACGCCCAAUUAUGGAGACAUCCGAGCGCCAUCAUGAAGUCAGUAGACUUUACAAUAUCACCGGCAGACAAACCAGAAUUUUUAAAGCAAGCUAAUCAAACUGAAUUGUAUUUAACAACAAUAAGUUCUAAUGUGCAACAAUUAUUUAAUCAACAAACAGUGAAGAACUAUACACGGCGUCAAAUGUCAUCGUUCGACUGGAACAAUUUCUACCGCGUUGACGACAUUUACUCUUGGUUACGUGACCUCAAUUGCACUUACACUGACGCCAUGAAUUUAUUUAGCAUCGGGACGACUGUUGAAAAUCGGCCUAUUUAUGCUGUUAAUGUAUCACACGCAGGAUCGAGAAGACAUAAUUAUAGAUCUGUCGUAUUGGUAGAAGGUGGAAUACAUGCCAGGGAAUGGAUAUCCGUAGCGUAUGUUACUUAUCUAUUGAAUAAAGUUUUGAAUGCUCCGUCAGACACCGACAAAGAAUUUCAAGAUAUCGCUUAUCAAUAUGAUUGGGUGUUUGUACCUCUGUUAAAUCCUGAUGGUUAUGAGUAUUCUCAUACACAUGACCGGUUAUGGCGAAAGAAUCGUAAUAAUAAAGGUGUUGAUAUAAAUAGGAAUUUUGAUGUCGCAUUUGGAACGGUUGGAGUUUGCAAGAAAGCAUCUGCGCCGAACUACUGCGGCAGAAGUCCAUUUUCUGAACAGGAAUCUCUUGCUAUGGCCACACUCGUGGAGGAGUAUAAAGAUAGAUUAUCGCACUAUUUAGCAUUCCAUUCGUAUGGUCAGUACAUUAUUCUGCCGUAUAUGCAUCUUAAAGAACAUCUGGAUAAUUAUGAUGAAGUAGCAAAAGUUGCAAGGGACAUGGCAGCUCAAAUCAAAAGAAAUUAUGGCACGGAGUACACUGUUGGAACUGCUUACGAUACCCUUGGUUACACGACUUCCGGAGCGAGUACUUCUUGGGUCAAAAAAACUUAUCACGUUCCGUACGUUAUGACGAUCGACCUAAGAGACGAGGGUCAAGAAGGUUUCGCCCUGUCUCCGGAGAACAUCCUACCAACUUGCAAAGAGACCAUAGACGGCCUGGUGACAUUUCUCAAGGAAACUGAAGCAGUCAAUAUCCGAACUUCUGGAUGUGAGAGUUUGCGUUUGAAAUUAUACGUUUCGUUAUUGCAUUGUAUUGUGUUUUAUGUUAUUUUUUAG